CUCACUCCUCAAUCCACCACACCACCCGCCCCACUGUCCAGCCAUCCUUCCGAUCCAACUAAACCAAACCCUAGCCGCCGCCGCCGAUGGAGAAGGAGGCGAAGGUGGACUCCGGCGACAUCUCCGCCUCGCAGACGGACCUCCUCGCCCGCGCCCGCUUCAUUGGCAGCGGCGGCGGCGGAGCCGUUGAGGAGGGGUCCGAGGUGUUCAGCACGCCGCCUCUCGCAGACCAGGACCCGCAGAGGCAGGGCCAAAGCCAGCGAGGCCAGGCGGGAGAGGGGGAGGACGGCAUCGCCAUGUGCUCCGUGCCCUUCACCCAGACCCAGCCUUCCGCUUCCCCCUCUUUCUCCCCUCCCUCGGAUACUCCGACGCCGACUCCGACUCCGACGCCGACGCCGACCCCCAGCCCCGAACUCGACCCUCUCGCCAGGCUGAUUCUCAUGGUCCCCAGCCGUCAACUUCCAACCACCGGUAUGAGCAUCCUCGAGCUUGCUCGCAGCCGCGGUAUCUUCGACGGCAUGAAGCCCCAGCCCCCAACUCGACCCUCUCCCCAGGAUGGUGCUCAUGGUCCCCACCGCUCCUCUUCCAACCAUGGGUCAUAAGCUAUGUCAUGCUGAGUGAGGCUCCAAAACAAGGGCCUCCGUGGAGCAAGGUGUGGAGAUCUUGAAGACCAACGCUUUCCAUUCCCAUUAGCAAGCGCAAGCAAGCAAGGAGCAGCCAGUGAUCUAGGACAGGCCCUUUGUUCAAGCUGGGUUCCGUAGGGCCUGAGAAUAGGCUGAGUGCUGUAAUCUGCUUUGCUUUUGUAGUGCCCUUGUUAAUGCUGGUACUAUGUAGGCUGAAUGGUAUGUUGGCUAUUUUGGUCGCCUUGCUCUUGACCCCUAGGUGAUCGGAGUAAUGGCUGUGAACUCUUUAAUUUCGUUGCUUCUAAGUAAUGAAAUCAAGGUUUCCCCGUUGACCGUGGUGGGAAAAAACCAGUAU